GUGGAGGACGUGGAGAAGGAGCCACGCAUUCUGCGUGCCAAGGUGGCCGCCGCCCCAGAGCUGCCGCGCAAAGACCAUGCGCCUGCGGAGGCUAGGGCGACCAAACGAGGCAGGAUCAAGACCUUCUUUCUGGAAAAGGGCUUCGGUUUCUGCCAGCUGGAGGAAGCUGAUCGAACCGUCGAUGUCUUCAUCCACAUCAACAGCUUCGAAGGGCCAGCGCCCGAGGACUUCCAGGGCAUGCCGGGAUCGCCCCCAGUCGGUCAGGAGGUUGAGAUCAAACUCGGGGACACCUCGGCGAGGCCCGGGGCAAGGGCCUGCUGGGCGCGUGUCGUCGGGCCGGCCUUGCCCAUCGAUAAGGCCAAUGCCCUCAGCAGCUGCCUGAGCCAUGUGCUGAAGUCCGCUGAACGACUGCUGGAGGGAAAGCCGAAGAAGGGAGGCUGGCACAAGCUCGUGGACAUCUUGGCCACGGAUUCACUUCGUGUGGCCUUGACGGCGUAUUCCCCCAAUGGACUAGCGGAGCUCAAGAUGGGCAUCGUCCCAGAGUCUUUGUUGAACUGUCUACACGACCUGGCGGUUUGCGUCGUGGCUCCGACACCGGAAGCAGCAGCUGAAGUGAUUGCCGGGAGCGUGCCGAGCACUGCAGAGGCAAAGGAGUCCAGCCCUCGCUUCCACUUGUGGCUGGAACAGGAGGCAUACAUCGGCGAGAACACCGCCCCAGAGGCUGAACGCCUCUGGAUACGAACCGCCCAUCGAGGAGGAGCUCGUGGCUUCCUGGGUGCCAAGGCGCAGCCAGAGAAGCCAAUACAAGCGAAAGAGAAGAGCUGGUGGGAGGGAGGGGGAACUACCGCCCGGAUGGGUUUGUGGGAACCUCAGCAUUUGAAGGCCUUGUGCUCAAAUCCUUUGGGGGACUGCACUGCGGACGAUGUGCUGAAAGUCCUCGGCGCUCUUCCGGUGGAUGCUCCCUCCGAAGUGCGGCGCUACCUGGAAGCCUGGGAGAAGCGCAUGCGAUUGAAGUAG